AUGGCUUCUUCUCAACUUCUCAUUUUAGCACUUUUUGUUGCCGCUUCUUCUCUUGUUAUUGCAUCUGAUCCAAGCCCUCUUCAAGAUUUUUGUGUUGCUGAUCUCAAUAGUGCAGUGAAAGUGAACGGUGUGGUGUGCAAAGACCCCAAGGUUGUGAGUAUGGAUGAUUUCUUCUUUAGUGGGCUCGACAAAGCAGGCAACACAUCGAACCCAAAUGGAUCUAAAGUAACUGCAGUGAAUGUGAUGCAAAUCCCUGGGCUCAACACUCUAGGCAUCUCUUUAGCUCGUGUGGACUAUGCUCCAUGGGGCAUCAACCCUCCCCAUACGCACCCGCGUGCCACCGAGAUCUUGACAGUCCUUGAAGGCACUCUUCUAGUCGGCUUUGUCACCUCCAACACCGAGAAUCGUCUCUUUACCAAGGUGCUAUACAAGGGAGAUGUGUUUGUGUUUCCCGUUGGACUCAUUCAUUUUCAACAGAACAUCGGAUACGGACCUGCAGUGGCUCUAGCCGCACUCAGUAGCCAGAACCCCGGUGUCAUCACCAUUGCAAAUGCAGUGUUUGGGUCUAACCCUGAUAUUCCGGCCAACAUUUUGGCCAAAGCUUUCCAAGUUGAUGAGGCCACAAUCACGAAGAUUCAGGCUAAGUUCUAA